AUGGAAAAUUAUGAUACUCAGCACAAAAUCGAGUACAUGCCGUAUGAGGAUGUGGAGAAGCUCGAACGGUAUCGUCCCGGAGGAUACCAUCCGGUAACUAUCGGAGAGCAGCUGGAUGGUAGAUAUUCGAUCGUCCAUAAGCUUGGUUUCGGUGCGUACUCAACGAUUUGGUUAGCACGGAACCAGAAAUCCGGAAGAUAUGUCGCUAUAAAGAUACCGGUCGCAGCACAUGAUCCUAUUGGGACGCGAGAGACUGAUAUCCUACGCCGGUUGAAUAACACAGGAUUGGAAGGGAAGGCUCAUCCCGGGGCAGCAUAUAUUCCGUCAAUUUUAGAUGUCUUUUCUCUCUCUGGGCCUAACGGCGUACACCAUUGUUAUGUAACCGAACCUGGAAUGAUGAGUCUAGCAGAAGCUAAAGAUGCCUCCUCUAUUCGCCUCUUUCAGCUGCCUGUAGCUAGGCGUAUGGCUGCCCAACUUGUCCAGGCAGUGGCAUUCCUGCAUUCCCAGGGUAUUGUUCACGGUGACUUGCACGAUGGUAACGUCUUAGUUCGUCUACCUGGAAGCAUGGAUUCUCUCUCGCCGGAACAGCUUUACGAAAAGUAUGGAUCUCCUCAAUAUGAGCCGGUCGCGCGUCUAGACAAGUGUCAACUUCCCCAGGGGGUCCCUAAAAAUGUUAUUGUGCCUAUUCGGCUAGGGAAGGAAAGCGAGCUUGUUACCUUAUCAGAAGCUCAAAUUAUCCUUACUGACUUUGGCGAGUCUUUCAUGCCAGCUGCUAUAGAGCAGCCUUACUCCAAUGCACCAGAAGUUUUGACCCCACCAGAGGUCUACUUCGAAGAACGAAAGUCUUUUCCUGCUGAUAUCUGGACACUUGCGUGCACGAUUUGGGCCAUUAUAGCUCAAUGCCCGCUUUUCGAGGGAUACAAUCCGUCAGCCGACUGGGUAAUAAAAGAACAAGUUGAUUGCCUUGGAAAGCUACCAGCGCCGUGGUGGUCGAAGUGGGAUGCUCGUGCAAAAUGGUUCAACGAGGAUGGGACAAGGAAAAUCGAGGCACAUUCGCGGCCAUUGGAGCGCCGAUUUAAUGAUUCGGUGCGGCUGCCAAGGCAAGAGUUUAGGAUGCAGGAGGUGGAUGAGAUUGAGAAGGCUGCUUUGCUCAGCAUGUUAAGGGCUAUGCUUGCGUUUAAACCUGAGGAGAGGCCAACUGCGGACGAAGUUUUGAACUGCGAAUGGAUGCAGAAGUGGGCUCUUCGUGAGUUUGCCUAA